AUGACUUUCUACGUUGACAUUUACCCAUUCUACCCUCUACAAAGGUCCUCCUUUAUCUUCAGCAGCCACUUGCUCACUGUUAUCCUGGUCUUCCUCGUGUUAGCACUUAGUCUACUUCUCAUACUGCCGGGGAUAAGAGGGAAGUCGAGACUUUUCUGGACGUUUAGAAUCAUUAUCAGCCUUUUCAUAGGUGUGGUGAUAGUCGCACUUAACUUCACGUGCAACUGGGCCGAGGCCAAAAUGACCACUAAUGCCACUUAUAAGUCUUUCAGCAAUGCUGUGGUUAACGCCGAGAUUGGCUUACAUGUUGGACUGUACGGCAUUAAUGUCACACUGAAGGGGAAUCCUAUUGUACAGUUGAAUGAGACUAUUGACUACAAUGAGAUGUUCAGGUGGCAUGACACUAGAGAAGAUUAUGAGGAAGCUCUGGAGAAAGGUCUCCCCAGCCCCAUCCUGUACAUUGCUGAGAAAUUCACUCUGGGCAGCCCGUGUAGACUCAUCUUACAGUACAGAUUUUCAGGAAGAUACGCCUCUGCAACCCUCUGGACUGCGUUUUGCAGCUGGUUGCUCGCCAAUAUUCUAUUCUCCAUGCCGGUCAUUCUGUACGCCGGAUACAUGAUGAUGGCUACCGCUGCCUUCAUUUUCUUCUCGAUGGCCUCAUUCUCCAACAUCAGUUCCGUGCCCCAGUGUGUUUUCUCCAUAGGAACCGACUCCUUUAAAACCGAAUAUAGCCAUUCAUUCUGGCUGGCCCUGGCUACAGGUUUGCUGUGCACCAUCAUCGGGAUUCUCGUGGUGAUACUUAACUUUGUGAUGCCGGAGAAGAUGAAAGAGGCUUUCAGUGUGGGCGUCGACAGUUAUGAAGAUGAAGAUGUUUCGUAUGGGGAGGGGUACCUGAACGCAGCGUUCCUCGAUAGAGUGACAAGCUCAACACUGACAGCAAAGACAAAGGACAAUUUAUGA